UGUCCCGUGUCACGUACUUGUAAUAUGUACGUCUCCUCAAAAAACAUUUAUUAGCAUACAACUGCAACAUAACAAAUUGUUAUAAUAUGUAUAGUAUAUUAUAAAAAAAUAAUAAUUGACCAUCCUGAAAUAUAGAAGUUAUUUCGAAAAAUAAAUUUUAUUCUAAGAAAAAAAACAAGGAUUAAGAAAGGGCCAUCGACCCAUGUUUCAGCUGUUCUAAAAUAUAAAACAAAUCAUCAAAGCAAACGUGAAGUUUCUAUUUUCAAUUUAAUACAUUUUUUAUUAUUAUUUAUCUUGUUUACUAUAUAGAUAAUUGCCUCUUGCAAUUUACAUAGUUCUACAUUUGCUUAUUUUACUUGCAAGUAUAAUGAAUUGAUUAGCUGAAAAGCACAAAAAAUAUACAGAAAUUAGAUUGAAAGCAAAGUUUUUGAAGUCGAAAAAAUGAACAAAUGGGUCGAGCUUGCAGUAUCAAUUGUGGUAUGGUUAAUUGUUGCGAUAACUAUUGAUAUUUUCAUCGAACUCUUAACAUACGCUGUUGAUUAUAUUCAGACUGAGUUUAUUUACACUGGCUACGAGCUGCAAUUUCAGAAAUUCGAUGCGCCUUCCUAUUUUUGAGAACACUAUUAAUAUAGCAACUAUUUAUUAUCAUCAUCACAGUUUUGAACACACGGACCAUUUGAAUUUGAAAGUUGAUAUCUAUAACACACAAAUUCCUGUUUUACUCCCCGUUCAGUUGAGAUGAACAACACUUUAAAAUUACAACCCAUUUAUCUAGGAUUUCAACAUACUUCUUGUGCAUUGUGCGGAGCUGGUGGCGUAAAAUUUAUGUUUUGUUCCAAGUGUCGUGUGGUUGUUUAUUGCUCUAAAGAGCACCAAAUUACGCACUGGAAACGCCACAAAAGGUUCUGCAGAGAGCAUGUCUGGAGAAAGGACAGUCCGUAUGGAUCCGUGGCGUCAGCAUCCUGUAAAGUUUCGUCGUGUGCUUGUAAACACUGGUACACCACUGCCGAUGACAACGACUCAUUAUUCUUAGCUCAAGCUUCCAAUGGACUAAAUAGCCUACCAUCGUCUUCCUCUUCGACUCCUGUUGUUGCCCGUGAUGAAGAAAUAGACCAAGUCCUGUCCUCCUUGAUACCGGAAGAAUAUUCGGCAUCAAGUGAGGUUGUACUAUAUCCGGAGAAACAGGAGUUCAUCUUGGACUUGGAAGAAAGCCUACGUGAAGUAACAAACGGUGGAGAGAGCACGUACGCUUCUAUCCUCAACCCCACGCAUGACGAUGUGAUGGCGUUUAAUCAUGAUAUUGCAUUUAGUGGCAUCGUAUCUCCCAAUAGUAUAUCAUACGCUGACAAAAGUAACAAUCAGUUGUUCUUUAAUACUAGUGAAUGUGACGAAAUAAACUUGACACCAACAAAUCAAGCACUACCACCAUUAUUAGAGCAACAUCUGUCCACGCAUCAUCAUCGACAGCUUGGUGGUCGUCCAGGGCUUGAAGAUUUAGAAAAUCAUGCUCCUGUAGCCGUUCAACCUAACGGUGACGGAACUACGUGCGAGACGCACACGCAAUCGUCCCAAUCGCAAAUUAUGUUUUCACAACAAGCUGGAGAUCAGUUGGUGUAUUCUCAGAGCACCACGUUCAACCAAGUCCUAACCCCAGGUCAUGCCCAUAGUGCUGCUAGCCUUCAUUUUGAACGAACUUUACAUCCAAGCAACUGGGUAACUUUUCCCCCAAGUUCAACGUCGUCUCCAUCGACCUCACUGUCAGUAUCAUUAUCGGUGGCAUCAAAGACUUUUGAGGAUGAAUCCGUCGUGAUAAGAGAAAGUGAUCAAGGCCUUGUCAGCCCCUCAAUGACCCACUCAAGUGCCACUAUACCCUUUCAGCAUAGAAAUAACAUGCAAUACAUUUCUGGGCAGUCCGCUCAGCAAACUAGACUCUGGAUUAAUCAAGUUUGGGAACAGGUAAUAGAGGACAUGGAUCACUACGGUGUUUGCGUUGUGGACAAUCUCUUGGGAGAUGCGAGAGGGGGUGCAGUGUUGAGGGAGGUUCAAAACAUGUAUUCUAAAGGAGCAUUUCAGGAUGGACAGUUGGUCAAGAGCAAAGAUGGUCAGAGCAAAUCUAUCCGUGGGGACAAAAUCACGUGGGUCGAUGGCCGAGAACCACAUUGUAGAAACAUUUCAGUUCUAAUAAAGCUCUUGGAUAAUAUUGUAAUGGGUGCAAAUAAUCGAAAUAACAAUGGUAAACUCGGAACUUACACAAUUAAGGAGAGAUCUAAGGCAAUGGUAGCCUGCUAUCCUGGCAGCGGAACGCACUAUGUAAAACACGUUGACAAUCCCAACGAUGACGGAAGAUGCGUCACAGCUAUUUAUUACCUUAACAAAGACUGGAGCACACAGGAAAAUGGUGGCCUGCUUAGAAUUUUUCCGGAAGGAUGGUCACAUCAAGUUGCAGAUAUUGAACCAUUAUUUGAUAGAGUCAUAUUUUUCUGGUCUGAUCGAAGAAAUCCUCACGAAGUACAACCUGCCUACAAAACAAGGUACGCCAUAACGCUGUGGUACUUUGAUUCUAAUGCAAAAGCAAGAGCGAAAAAAUCAGCCGAGGAUAUUAAGGAUAUUUCAUCUCUGAAAGCUAGCUGAGAUGUUCUUGGAAUUUUUUGUCUUGUCUGGUAUGAAAGCCCCCAAUUGUGUAAACUUAUCGGAUCGGAUCGAGAAAUUUAACGCAAAAAAAAAUCUACUGAAACAAAUUUUCAUUUCGAUGUUGCGCGCAACCUGUUCCACUAGGUAUAUAGCAAAACGAUAUGAUAUGUUUUCUAGUAUGAUUCAACGAUCGACAAAUGAGGAGGAUAUUGCGGUGGAUCGAAGUCAACCGGACAGAAUUUCUACGCGCCAAAAUCACGUGCCAAUUUGAUUAACAUUGGAGGCGGCCCGAAAUUCAAAUCAAAUCCAUCCGGUUGACUUCGAUGCACCGCAAUAGAAAUUGUGAUGUCUACUAAAUCUGUUAAAAAUCUCAUUCGUUACGAAACACAACUAUGAUCAUCACCGAAGAAUCAUCAAGCAAUCCGUUUUUGAGUUUUUCGUACCUUGUAUAAAUUUAUCCUUAUCAGUCAGUGGUCUCAUGAGUCGUAUGUCCACAACCAACGCAUUUCCUUCUAGUAAUUCUAUGCAAUCAACUAUCCUACUAUUAGAGAAAUAUAGCAGGAUGCUGAUAUAAAGCUCACCAAAUGAGUUAUUUACUGAUCUAUUUCUAUUGAUAUAUACUUCAAGAAUUUAAAUUUUGAGAAUUUUAUUUGAGGUCGGUGCAUGGAAUGAGAUGUUACUGUGUGACCUGAUUUACCGCAUAAUAAUAAGUGUAGACACUAGAAUUUUAUCUGGACUUUAUUACAUGUUCAGAACAAAUGUAAUUUUUUUGAAAAAAAUAAUGAAAUAAAUCAUAAACAGUCAA